AUGGUCAACCCUAACGAAGAUACCGAAUUCAACGACGCUCUCCGGGCUCACGGCAUCCUCCCUCCCAAAUCUCCCUCGCGCUCUCCAUCCCCCGACAUCCCACACAUCACCCACGCCGAUGCCGUCGGCGCUAUCGCCGCUACGGCGGACCAUCAACAAUUAUCCCUUCUCCUGGAAUCCGAUAAUCUGGACAGCGAUGACGAGGCGAUGUUUGAAGAGUACCGCAAGAAGCGGAUGAACGAGAUGCGCAAGGAAGAGAAGAGGGGGAGGUAUGGGUCGUUGAUGCCAUUGGGAAGGGAGGACUUUGUGAGGGAGGUGACGGAGGGGAGUAAGCAGUUGAGAGAGGGAGAAGAGGAGGUUGAUGAGCAGGAAGAGGGUGAGGACGAUGAGGAGGCGAGUGGGAGUGCGAGUAGGAGAUUGAAAGGGACUGGAGUGGUUGUGUUUCUGUAUAAAGACUCGGUUCCCCUCUCCCAACAUCUCCGCCCCCUCCUCAACACACUAGCCGCCGCCCACCCAUCCACUAAAUUCCUCGCGAUCCGCGCCGACCUCUGCAUCCCAAACUACCCAGACAAAAACGUCCCUACGCUGCUCAUCUAUCGGAAUGGGGAUAUGCUGGGGCAGGUGGUCGCCGGGGCUGGACUGAAGGGGUUGAAAACGGGUGUAAAAGACCUCGAAGCCCUCUUACUCCGAUAUCAAGCCCUCGAGAAGCCUUCCGCCGCUCUGCGACAACGCCGAGGGGAGGACGAGGACGACGGGGACGCAGAUGGGCUAGACGACGAUAUAGGUAUGGUCAACACGCGAGGGAGCGGAAUACGGACGGGCGGGUCCGGCCUGGGCGUGGGGAGAGGGAAGGGGAGGAAAGCGGAGGCGGAUAGCGAUGGGAGUGAUUUUGACAUUUAG